UCUUCAACAACUGAAAGGGCUACUUGGGAUCACUCACUUUCCAACCAAUACUGAUGUUAUCUCUGUUAUGGAAGCUGUCUGGACAUCUUUCCACCAUCCUUGGAGCCCUCAUAAUUUUAUUCUUGGCUGCUCUUUCCUGUGUUUCAUCUUAAUAUCUAGAUAUCUGGGUAAAAAGAACAAGAAACUUUUCUGGUUGCCAGCCGUUGCUCCUCUCCUAUCUGUCAUACUAUCGACGCUUAUUGUUUAUCUAACAAGGGGGGAUAAGCAUGGAAUUAAGAUCGUUAAACAUAUCAAAGAUGGCUUAAACCCUAGCUCAGUUAAUCUGUUAGAGCUCAACGGCCCCUAUGUUGGGGAUGUGGCCAAAGUUGGGCUCAUUGUCGCUCUCGUUGCACUCACGGAAGCAAUUGCAGUUGGAAGAUCUUUUUCAUCCAUAAAAGGGUACCACAUGGAUGGGAACAAGGAAAUGAUGGCGAUGGGCUUCAUGAACAUAGUAGGAUCCUUGACUUCUUGCUAUGUUGCAACCG